AUGGGCCAUGUCAAUAGCAUUCUCAGAAUACGGCACAACGCAAUCUCAAAUAAGAGAGCUGUUCCAAUGUUUGUCGUCUCACUUGAUGCGUUGGGCACAUUGUAUCGUUUUCGAGAACCUGUGUCAGUCCAAUACCUCAAUUGUGCUCGUCAAUGUGGCUUGAAGACCGAUAUUAGUCCGCAGGACCUGGAAAAGUCCUUCAGAACCACCUUCAAGCAUUACACCCAAACCUAUCCUAACUAUGGCAAGGGCAAGCUCGAAAGUCCCAGGGAAUGGUGGACUGGGCUGAUCAAUGAUGCAUUCGUUGAUGCGACAGGGCUCCGGACUUUACCCUCGCAUCUGGGACCCACGCUUUACACGCAUUUUUCCUCCGAGGCUGCGUACCAACCCUACCCUGAUUCUUUUUCAUUCCUCAAGAGCAUGCAUGCUUUGAGAAAGCAAUACUCUGACCCCGAAGGUCCCUUGCUCUGUGUUGGAGUUGUCACCAAUUCGGAUUCUCGUGUCCGGCCCGUUCUCGAAUCCAUGGGGUUUCGAGUCGGCCUUUCAGAGUAUGGUGUCACGCAAGAGAAAGAAACUCUGAGGCGCACAUCUGAUGGAAUAUCAAUUAUUCCACCGAGUCUUCGGCUUCUUAGUUAUGAUCCUGGCAACGAUUUUGACUUCCUAGCAACCAGCUACGACGCAGGAUCCGAGAAGCCUGAUGGGGGCAUCUGGGCAUAUGCCAAAGGUUUCAUUGAGGACAUCGCGCCGACCAGGGCGGAGAGAGCUUUGGCGGUCCCUCAGGAGCCUCGCCAGUUCUCCGUGUCGAAUUCCGUCGCCAAGAAUUGGAGGGAUUCCCAGGAGGUCAUGCUAGAAUUGACCAGGAGUGAGAGGGAACGUGUUCGGAUUUGCGGAGGAAAAGUCAGCUGGGUACAUAUCGGAGAUGAGCUGAAAAAGGACUAUGAAGGCGCCCGAAAAUUCGGCCACGAAGCUCUGCACCUCGAACGAGAACGAGAACGAGAACGAGAAGGCGCAGGAAGGGGAGGAGAGGCCAAUCCGGCUGGUGGUGGGAUUCACACCAUCUCGAGUUUAGAGGAAGCGGCGAUGAUUGUGAACGUGAUGGCAAAGGCCCAUUUCGAGGCCAAUUCUGCCAGAUCUGCGGCAGGCGCAACAUCCGCUUGA